CAAAAUGGCGCCGCAAGCCCGGCACCUCACCCUCCCUCCGCGCCCGGUGCAUGCGCACGGGCCCGACCGCACGCUGGGCGGGCUGCGCGCGCGGCGGACGUUGAGAAUGUGGCGGCUCGCGCGCGGCGGCCGGCCGUUAACGGUCGCCGCUGUGGUGGCGGCGUCGGCAAGCGGGAGCCCCGGCGGCUGGGGCUGGUACGGGUGGCUGGCGCAGACGGCGCCCGUGCACUGGGCUGAGGGCGGUCUGGUGGCCUUGCAGGCAGCCGCCGGGCUGCCGUGGUGGGCCGCUAUUGUUUGCGGCGGCGCCGCCCUCCGCACCGCCGUCACCUUGCCGCUAGCCGCCCACCAGAGCCGCCUCCUGGCCAAGUUGGAAAAUUUACAACCUGAAAUUAAAAAACUUUCUGAGCGUCUUCGCUAUGAAGUUUCUGUUCGUGGGAAGCAACUGGGUUGGUCUGAUAAGGUUGCCAGGUUUCAUUUUAAGAAGAACCUACGGAGGAUUAUCACGGAACUGUACAUUCGAGACAACUGCCAUCCCUUCAAAGCCACCUUACUGGUGUGGGUGCAGAUUCCGAUGUGGGUCUUCGUGUCCCUCGCUUUGCGCAACUGCAGCGUUGGUGCCUUGAACUCAGAAGUUCAAGAACAGUUUUCGACAGGUGGAACAUUGUGGUUUACAGACCUCACAGCACCAGAUUCUACGUGGAUUUUGCCGGUUUCACUUGGGCUCUUGAAUUUGCUGAUAGUGGAGAUUUUUGCCUCACAAAAAAUGGAAGUUUCCAGGUUCCAGAAGCUUGCUACAAAUUUCUUUCGAGUGUUGUCAGUAGUAAUGAUCCCUGUUGCUGCAACAGUCCCCUCAUCCAUGGCGUUGUACUGGUUGUCCUCAAGCUUCAUGGGACUCUCACACAACCUGUUGCUCCGUUCUCCGACCUUUCGCCGACUGUGUUGCAUACCAAGGACCAAAUCUGACUCGGACACUCCUUACAGGGAUAUCGUGUCUGCCUUGACUACCAGAUACGGUUUUAAGAAAUGAUGUGUUUUGAACUGUUGGAACAGCUGUCCCACAAAGCUAGCAUGCGUAAUUGAGAAGCGGUAUUUUGUUGAGAUGUACCUAUUUUACUUACUGUAAAGUGCUGCAGCUGAAAUACAUUUAUUUUACAAAGGAAAUGCUGACCCUCUGGCUAUAAAGAGUGAUUCAUCAGCACAAAUUUAUGUUUAUUGGGAAGCUUGGUUUUGAGGAUGCUGGUUUUGUAAGUAGUAUGGUUUGGUGAUGAAAGUCCAUCACCUGAAUUGUUGUAAGGAAUUGUGAAGAUGAAUAUUAAAUAAAAUCGUGACUCAUGUAG